AUGCGAUUCCCAAAUUACCUCCUUCUCCUCGCCGUAUCGGCCGCCGCCGCCGCCGCGGCGGAAACUCCGACGGCAUACGAAGUUCUCCAAACGUACGACUUCCCGGUCGGGCUGCUGCCCAAAGGCGUGACGGGCUACGAAAUUGACGCCGGCACCGGAAAAUUCGCCGUCGACCUGAGCAAAACCUGCACGUUCGUCAUCAAGGGUUUCACACUCAAAUACAAGACGAAGAUUACCGGCACGAUUGCAAACGACAGGAUUACGAAUCUCAAAGGUAUUCAAGUCAAAAUUUUGAUUCUAUGGCUGAAUAUCGUCGAAGUCACCAAAACCGACCGCGGCGACGGCGGCGGCGAGCUGCAAUUCUCGGUGGGGGUCGCGGCGGCGGGUUUUCCGGUCAGCAGUUUCGACGAGAGCCCUCAAUGUGGAUGUGGAUUUAAGUGUAACCAUAGAAGCUCAGGAUUUGGGCGUUUUCCACUUCUUCAAUUAUAA